UAGUAGAGAAGCUUAAAGCAACAAUGGCGAUCCUAUCCUCGUCUCCUCCUCUUACAGUGUCCAGGCCAUUAACUUCUUCAAAUUGUCGAUAUUACCCCUAUCUCUACCCUCUGGGACAUCAAUCCUCUACUCCCGCACCCUUUCAGCACCUCCGCCGGCGGUCAAUCAGUGUCUCUCAAGUGUGCGCGCCGCACGAGAUCGACAAAUCUUCUCUUCUUGUCGCCGAAACAGAAUCGGAGGACCAGCUCUGGGCCGCUGCCUGCCUCCGCGUUCGAUCUUUCUAUGAAUUCCAGCCCUCCUCCUACGCUAUCCAGGAUCAUAAGAGGUAUUUGGCGGAGCGUGAGUUCGAAGCACUGAAGGAACGUAUUUCUGGGAAAAGGGAAGGUUUUAGGAGAGUUUCUUGCAUAAACGCUACUCUUCCAUUGUCACAGUUACCGAGCUCUGCAGAUGAUUUAUGCGCAGCAUGUAAGUUUACCAAUGAUGGAGAAGAUCGAGUGGUAGUUGGGACUCUUGAUGUUAACCAGUGUCUUAGGCUUCCUGAUGAAAUAACAGGAAUGAAGCCCGAGGGGAUUGGAGCUGAUUUUGCAAGGGCAUACCUGAGCAAUGUUUGUGUUGCCAAGGAACUGCAUAGGAAUGGAUUAGGUUAUGAACUUGUUGCUAAGUCAAAAGUAGUUGCUCGAGAAUGGGGCAUUACGGAUCUAUAUGUCCAUGUUGCUGUUGAUAAUGAACCUGCAAAGAAGUUGUACAUGAAAAGUGGAUUUGUUUAUGAAAAUGAUGAGCCGGCAUGGCAAGCGAGAUUUCUUGAUCGGCCUCGAAGGGUUUUAUUAUGGUUUGGUCUUGCUGGUACACAAGGCUUAUGAUGGGAGCAGAAGCAGCAAGAGUCCAUCCACAUGAGAGAAGGACCUUGGUUAUUCCUUCAUUGUAUAUUCAGUAUAAGCCAGAUAAAGGUUACCCAUUGUGCAUUCCUUUGCUCCAAGUUCUGCUCACUAAUCCAUUUGAUUACAGCGAGUAUUCAAGCACUGCAUGUGUGAGAAACAAGAAGUUACAAAACAGAAAAAUAGAUUCAUCUUUGUAGUGAUAGCAAUAGCUGUGGGAGAGACCAAAGAAGAAGAGGAGAAGGGAACUACAUGAAGUUAUGUUUACAAGGAUAAUGACAGCUGGCAAAUCUACAUAUGUUAAUCCUUUUCACAAAGAAUGCGGACCUAAGAGCAAGUCGAAGAAGAGGACAAUGCUAAUCGAAAUUGGGCUAUUUAUACAUUUCCUUAAAUUAUGUUAACUGAAGCUACUUUCGUUAUGUUUUUAUAGCCUGGAACAAGUAUGUCAAGGGUUGACCGUGGCAAUCAAAACACAAAAAAAGAAAGGGAUCAAGGGGAUUGAAUUAGCAUAUUCUGCGUGCUUAAAUUUGGAGUUUAAUUUGAAUUUGUAGAAGAGGAUUUGUGCUCGUAUUUGUUUGUUAUGUUGGAUCUAUUUGUCUUUAUGUUGUAUCUAUUUUACUUGGAAC